UCUCACGUCAUCUUUGAGCUCUGUCGCUGUAGUUUUUAAACACUGUCACACUUCAAAGUCAGUCAAAUGCUGUAUGAGGUUCGGUGCACAACACCAGUACCAGAACCCAACAGACACAGGACAAAACGCCCCUCCAGCCUACACCCACCUGAGAGUGGGCUGGAGUGCAGGAAGGGGGCUCGGGGGCAGGGUUAAAGUUCAGAAGACAUGUUAAAUAUGGAUUUUCUGCAGAAGAAUAAACAGCUGUGUGACUCCCAUGGGACAGACAGCCAGGUAGUCACAGGUGAGCAGCUCGUCCUCUGAUGACUACUGAGAUUGUUUUGGGAGAAACACUCCAGUGUUUACAGAACACACAGUUUGACAAGAAGAUGGAGGAGUGUCUGCUCCGUGGAGACCCGUCUCGUCUGGUUUCUGUGCUCCACUAUGAAGGACUGACCAGUAACGCCCUCACCAGACUGGACCAACUUGUUACCAAGGAACUCUGUGGCUCUGGCUUCAGCAGAGUCCUGGUGGUGGUCAAGGCUUUAGAGAUUCUGUCUCAGAACAAAGACGACUUGCAGGAGCUCAUCAACCACGGACUGACUGCCCAAGUGUGUUUGUGGUUCAAAGCCAUCCAUGACCUGCUGACCUCUGACUUCCACAAAAGCUCCACCCCCCUGCUGAGCCUGACUGAGGAGUUCUACGAUUACUUUCUGCUGCUGGGUCAAGCUUCUCUCCCUGUCUGUCAGCUGUCUGAGGUCCUCCUCCAGUUGUCUCGAGUUGCUAUGGAAACUGAAAUCUACUUCCCACUGAGACUGGAGGCCAUCAGAAUCUUUAACAGCAUCCUGGGUUCUUUGAGUCGAGAAGGGUUGAGACUUUUCCAGAAUGACGAGAACCAGAAUGAAAUACUAUCCCAGCUGGCAGCAAUGAUUCCAACAGUUGGAGACUAUGAGCUGCAGGUCAGCCUAUCAGAAGCUCUGUGUCGUCUGACACCUAAGAAAAAGCGAGAGCCAAAAGCCAAUCAGUGGUUCCCCAGUGCUGACAUCAGCAGCGCCUUCUGCGACAUCAAAGACAGGAACUUUGAGGGGGACUGCAGGCGUUUCCUGAACAUUGUUAACCAUUGCCAUGGCGACCAGAGGAGGGUCUACACCUUCCCUUGUCUCACGGCCUUUCUGGACUCUACUCAGCUGUUUCGACCAGAUGAUGACACUCUGGAUGAGUUCUGGAUUGACUUUAAUCUCGGCUCAGGAUGUGUGAGCUUCUUUGUCAAUGAACCUGAGGGUUUCCUGUGGGACUCGAUCCACCUGCUGAGAGAGGAGGUGACUCAAUACAGUCUCCAGGUGAAAGAUGACGGGAGCACCAGUACACUGAUGGUCUUCAGUGUCCGACUGAAGAAUCCCAUCAUGCACCGCAACACCAGAGGUCAGACAGUAGAGCUGAGCUUCAGCCGCAAACAUCAGGGAGAGCUGGAGGAGGCUGCUGCUCAAGUCUUCACAAAGGCAAAGAGCUCUCCCCCUGCUAAAGACACAGGUUGUCCAGUCCAGGCCCCCUCCUCUGCAGACAGACACAGCGGUAGAUCCUACAGCCGUAAGAAACCACAGAGCAAGAGUCGGCUCAAGAUUCUGCCUCUGUCGUCAGUGAGCAGUGAGGACGAAGACAGCGUGACUGAGACUCCAGUGAAAAGCCGAGCAGAGUUCCUCUUUGAUCAGAUCCUACACUCCACCCCCAAAUCAGGUGUUCCUGAGUUAGAGACGUCUGAAGGAUCUGGCUCUGCUUUGAAACAGGAGGUCCUCGUCUCUGACAGGAAGCGAGCUGCUUCAGAUUCAGUUUUUCACUGUGAAGGCUACCUGUCGCACCAAAUUGAGGGCACGCCAGCCCAGAAGAGGAGGGUGGAUCCUCAGCUUGAGGGGGAGGGGUCUAACUCAGGGCAGACAGAGCAUUCACCUGAGGGGUUGGAGCCUACUCCAGAAGACGAGGGGUUAAUCGGUGAAGUGAUGGCACCACUCAUCCAGAGGGCAGAGCUUGCGAACACACCGGAGGUGGACUCGGAGUCAGACCAGACCUCAGGCAUCACAGCUGCCUUCAAAACCUUCAAAGAACAAUUACAACAACAUUUUACUACAAACCGGCAAAACUUUUUGCAGAGCUACUGGCACAAAACUGAAAAUCAUGUUCUGCUGUCGCUGAAAGAGGGUCAACAACACAUCUCAUCACUGCUCACAGCUGUCCAUCAACACAGAUUGUUGCUGCUGCAAAGGUUUGAAAGCAGCAUCAUGGAUCAACUGAACCAGCUGGAAGAAGACUCCACAGCCCUGAACUCCAUCAACACCCAGAUCCUGGUAACGACGCGUACUGCGAGUUUUUUCCAGUCUGAGAUGCAGCGACUUGACUCCUUCUGUGAAAAACACCUGCAGAGGUUGAAGUCUCUGGAGAAUGCAGUAUCAGGGAAUCCAUCCAGCCAGUGAGGGAGGACAAGAAGGGAACUCCCCCAGGCAGAAGAAACAUGCUGUUCAGAUUAUGUGAAAAUGUUUCAGCUCAGAUUUGUGAUCCUGAUUCAGUCGGUUUGAGUCUGUGCCUGUUUGAGAUACAAAAUACUGAUCACAUUCAGAAGCAGCGUAAAAACACACCUGUCAACAUGAACACUGUUGGUCAGGAUCACUGUCACUUAUCAAACUCCACUCCAAUGUAAUGAUUUUUGUUUUCCUGUUUUUUCUUUUAGGGCAAAAAACCCCCAAUUAAAUAAAAUCAAA